AUGGUCAAAGUGCCAGAUCCGAAUAGUCCUCCACGCUUUCAGUGGAUCGACGAGACGGGGCGUGUACAACCCUUAGACGCAGAUGUUCGAGAGAUCACAGACUACGUGAUGGAUUCCAGUGACUGGCCUUCCGCAAAAGCCACGGUCCACAGUGUGCUGACCAGGACUAUCUUCGACCUGGAAUGUGAAGUCUGCCACAGAAGACAUGAUGUUUGCAAAGGUCAAAGGUGCGUUGAAUACUUCCAGAGAACCGUCGCCGUCGCCGGCAAGAGCAUGUGUGAUAUCAAGGGGGCUGGGAAGAUGGGCAAAGGGGUGUUUGCCAACCGGAAGAUACCGAGCGGGAGCACCCUCGGGGAGUACCUGGGCAGGCUGUAUCCCUUGGGGGGCCCGAAGGCCCGUGACAGCUAUAUAUUCCUGAUCACCGAGGUUGCCGAGGUCUCGGGCCUGCAGUACGGAAACCUGACGCGGUUCUUCAACCACCACUGCCGCGCCAACGUCAGCGCCCGGGUGGGUAUGUACGGGCGGCGGCAGGUCAUCCUGUACGAGGCGAGCCGGGACAUUGAGGCUGGGGAGCAGCUUUGUGUUGAUUAUGGGAGGCGGUACUUUUCGCUGCCGGGUAAUCCGUGCAGGUGUGAUGCCUCGGAGGGGGAUCAUCUACCAGCUCAUCACGGUAAUGUCAUGCCCCAGGUCGGUGCGAGAAGCGAGACCGAGGUAAAGGCUCCGCAGACUUCAACCGAGACUUUGGGCCAGAGGAUUUAUACUCUGUCAAAAGGAGCUCCUACAAGUCCUGAUUCUGGAGUAUCGACCAGACCAAGCAAGUCAAGCAGGAAUCCGACAGCGACCUCCUGUAAGAAGCACAGCCAGCAGGACCCCGCUGCUGUAUUGAAGAGCUUGUCAAGACGUGCUGGAGUGUUCAGGCGAUAUGGGUCUCAGGUGUAUUCUUCCCACUUCCUACGAAACUUGGACGACAAGCAAUAA